CUCGCGCCGCGCGUGCCUGCCGUCCCGCUGCUGCGGGUGGACGGCGCGCGCGCGCGUGAGUAUUUUUGAGUCGGCUCCACCACCGCCGCGUGCACCGGUGGCGUUCGCGCGAGCUAUAUAUGCGCGGCGCUUCCGUCGCGAGCUGAGCGUGCGAGGUAGUAGUAGUAGUAGCUACCAGUACGGUGGUUGCGGGCGAGGUGGAGCUGAGUUUAAGGGAGAGCGUGUGGUGGCGUUGCUCGAUCUCGAUUCUCGAAUGGAUCCGUACAAGUAUCUCAACAUCCGGUUCAACCCGGACGGCUCGCUCACCCGCAACGGCGGCGCGAGGCUGCUCCCGCCGGCGCCGGCGGGGGAGCCCGUCGGCGGGGACGGGCCGACGCGCCGCAUUGUGCACUCCAGCGACGCGCCGCUCAACGACGCCAACGGCACGACCGUCCGCCUGUUCGUGCCGUCCGGCGCCGGCGACGGCGGCAGGCUGCCGCUGGUGCUGUACUUUCACGGCGGCGGGUACGUGCUCUUCCGCGCGGCGUCCGAGCCGUUCCACAACACGUGCACGGCCCUCGCGGCGGCGACCCCCGCGGUGGUCGCCUCCGUCGACUACCGCCUCGCCCCCGAGCACCGCCUCCCCGCCGCGUUCGAGGACGCCGCCGACGCGGUCCGGUGGGCGCGCUCUUACGCCGCCGGCUCGCCCGGCAGGCCGCUCUUCCUGAUGGGCAGCCACGCCGGCGCGAGCAUCGCGUUCCGCGCCGCGCUGGCGGCCGUGGACGAGGGCCUCCAGCUGCGCGGGCUCAUACUCAACCAGCCGCACCACGGCGGCGUGAAGCGGACGGCCGCGGAGGAGUCCUCGGUGGACGACCGCGUCCUGCCGCUCCCGGCCAACGACCUCCUCUGGGAGCUCGCGCUGCCGCUGGGCGCGGACCGUGACCACGAGUACUGCAACCCGGAGACCAUGCUCGCCGGCGUGGAGGCCGCGCGGCUGCGGAAGCUGCCCCCCUGCCUGGUGCUCGGCCGGAGGAAAGACCCGCCCCGGGACCGGCAGAGGACGCUGGUGGAAGCACUCCAGAAGGCCGGUGUCACCGUCGAAGCACAGCUCGACGGCGCCGGUUACCACGCGAUGGAGCUGUUCAAGCAAGACCGCGCCGCCGAGUUCAUCGCACAGGUCGCCGACUUCGUCCGCCGGCACGCCGGCGACGUACAUGCCACUGCAAGGAGCAGGCUCUGAUCGAUCCAAGUCCAUGCCAUUGACUGCAACAACCACCACCACCACUAUGGUACUGUGCCGGUGGUUGUUGCAAGGGCACUAUCUUGCAGCAAGUCCCAAAAGAGACAAUCAUAUCAGCAUCACCAUUAGAUUGGAGAGUGACGACGAGCGGAAGACUACUCGUAGCCAAGUACACUCCUAUAGUGACGGGGUGCCUUACCUUUGCUUUUCUUUCUUUCUUUUCUUUUGGUUUUUUUUCUCUCCACUGAGGGUUUUCCAUUCUAUGGUACCCGCUUUUACUUCCCAGCAAAUCGGGUUGUUGUUUGUUUACUGUCAAAAGCAAAGGGUGAAAGAGCUCCGGAUCUGGUCUUUUGCAGCUUCUGCACCACAAAGAGGAUUUAUAAUAAAUAUUGUAACAUGAUAGUAGAGGUUAUUCCA